AUGGAUUCUUGGCAUUCAAUACUUAAUAAAUUUAAUGAAAAUGCAUUUAAUUAUGACAGUAUAGCUACAGAACUUGAUAUUCAAGAUAAUGUAGACGAAAAUGCUAUCAGUUCAGAAGAAGACAAUAAUGACGAUUUUAAAGAUAGUUUGUCUGUCAAUGCCUUAGCAAAUAAGAAAAUUCAGGAAAUUGAUUUUGUACAUGUUAAAGCUAGUGAAGCCAAAAGAAAGAAAAGAAUUCUUUAUGUUAAGACCAAUAUGCACGAAGAAAGUCCUUUAGUAAACCAAACGGAAAUGAAAUUUCAAUUAGUUGCUGAAAAAGGAUAUUUAAACUUAUUGUUUCACUAUAUUGAAGCAAAAGUAACAAGCAAAUAUGCCGAACAAAGUCGAAUAAGACAGAUGUGUGAGAAACAAGAAGCUUGUUUUUGGACGGCUGAAGAAAUAGAUUUGUAUGGAGACCUGCGUGAUUGGAAUAAUUUGAAUGAGAACGAAAAAAGUUUCAUUAAAUAUGUGCUGGCGUUUUUUGCAGCAAGUGACGGAAUCGUUUUAGAAAACAUUGGACGUCGUUUUUUCCUCGAGUUUCAAGUCCCUGAAAUUAGAGAUUUCUACGCAUUUCAGUUGGCGAUGGAAAAUAUCCACUCUGAAACGUAUAGUUUGCUGAUUGAUUGUUAUUUGCAAUCCAAUCUGCAAGAACAAAUAAAAAUUUUUCGAGCUAUAAACCAUAUUAAAGCCGUUGAAUCAAAAGCGCUUUGGGCUUUAAAGUGGAUUAAUAAUGAGAACUCAAUCGCUGAACGCUUGCUAGCGUUCUGUGCAGUCGAGGGAAUUUUGUUUAGCGGUUCUUUUUGCGCCAUUUUCUGGAUGAAAAAACGCGGUCUGCUUCCUGGUUUGACGUUUAGUAACGAACUGAUUUCGAGAGACGAAGGCAUGCACACAGAGUUUGGCGCGCUUCUUUACAGUUCGUUGGAAAAUCGAUUACCAGAGAAUGAAGCUCACCAGAUCAUUUUAGAAGCUUUAGAUGUCGAACGUAAAUUCAUUUUAGAAGCAUUGACUAUCGAUUUAAUUGGAAUGAAUUCAAAACUAAUGAUUCAAUAUCUCGAAUAUGUCAGCGAUAGACUUUUAAAAGAUCUGGGAUAUAACUCAAUUUUCAACUCUGAAAAUCCGUUCUCCUGGAUGGAGUUGAUUUCAAUCCAAGGAAAAACAAACUUUUUUGAAAAAAGAGUCAGUGACUACCAGUUGGCAGGUGCUACGUCUAUAGAUUUAGACAACAAAUUUGAUCAAAAUGCUGAAUUCUAA